GGGCGCCAUAUUGGCGUCCCCCGCGCUGUAUUGUCAUAAAUAGAACCGGUUUUUGUGGUGUUUUUCACUCCUUGGUUGGAUGACUCGACCGUAGGGCGUGGGAAAGUGAGGGAGCCAGUGAACGACUAGAAAGUGGACGGAGAGAAGACAGAGGAGCGGGGACGAGAGACCCUCGCCGGAGGAGGAGACGCAGGAAGCGAUGAAAGAGAUGUCUGCAAACACUGUGCUGGACAGCCAGCAUCAACAAAAACAUUAUGGAAUCACCUCUCCAAUUAGUUUGGCAUGCCCUAAAGAAAUCGAUCAUAUUCAUACACAGAAGUUAAUUGAUGCCAUGAAACCAUUUGGAGUAUUUGAAGAUGAGGAAGAAUUGAACCACAGGCUGGUGGUUCUUGGUAAAUUGAACAAUUUGGUAAAAGAAUGGAUCUCUGAUGUCAGUGAGAGUAAGAAUCUCCCUCCUUCUGUUGUGGCUACUGUUGGUGGUAAAAUUUUCACAUUUGGGUCCUAUAGACUUGGAGUGCACACUAAAGGAGCUGACAUUGAUGCACUUUGUGUAGCUCCAAGACACGUGGAGAGAUCUGAUUUUUUUCAGUCAUUUUUUGAAAAAUUGAAACAUCAAGAUGGCAUUAGAAACUUAAGGGCUGUUGAAGAUGCCUUUGUACCUGUCAUAAAAUUUGAAUUUGAUGGUAUUGAAAUCGAUCUUGUCUUUGCAAGACUGGCUAUCCAAACCAUAUCAGAUAACUUAGAUCUAAGAGACGAUUCUCGCCUCAGAAGCCUUGACAUACGGUGUAUUCGCAGCUUAAAUGGAUGUAGAGUCACAGAUGAAAUUUUACAUUUAGUACCAAAUAAAGAAACAUUUAGGCUCACACUGAGAGCAGUGAAGUUAUGGGCAAAACGUCGUGGUAUCUAUUCCAACAUGCUAGGAUUUCUUGGUGGUGUCUCCUGGGCAAUGCUGGUUGCAAGAACUUGUCAGUUAUACCCAAAUGCAGCAGCUUCAACUUUAGUUCAUAAAUUCUUUUUAGUUUUUUCCAAGUGGGAAUGGCCAAAUCCUGUGCUCCUCAAACAGCCAGAAGAAAGCAAUUUGAAUUUGCCAGUCUGGGAUCCUCGGGUAAAUCCAUCAGAUAGGUAUCAUCUCAUGCCCAUAAUCACCCCUGCCUACCCACAACAGAAUUCUACAUACAAUGUGUCCACAUCAACUCGAUCAGUCAUGAUAGAAGAAUUUAAACAAGGCCUUAUCGUCACAGGGGAAAUUCUUCAAGGGAAAUCUGAUUGGUCCAAAUUACUUGAGCCACCACAUUUUUUUCAGAAGUACAGACACUAUAUAGUCUUGACAGCCAGCGCAUCUACAGAAGAACACCAUUUAGAGUGGGUUGGAUUAGUAGAAUCUAAAAUCCGUGUACUUGUUGGAAACUUAGAACGGAAUGAAUAUAUUACUCUUGCCCAUGUAAAUCCACAGUCAUUUCCAGGAAAUAAAGAACAUCCUAUAGACAACAAUUACGUAUCAAUGUGGUUCCUUGGAAUAGUUUUCCGCAGGGUGGAAAAUGCAGAAAGUGUUAACAUAGACUUGACAUUCGAUAUACAAUCCUUUACUGAUACAGUAUACAGACAGGCAAACAAUAUAAACAUGCUAAAGGAGGGAAUGAAAAUCGAAGCAACACAUGUGAAGAGAAAGCAACUCCAUCACUACCUUCCGUCAGAGAUCCUGCAGAAAAAGAAAAAGCAAAGUCUUUCUGAUGUCAGUCGGAGUUUGGGUGGACUGCAGUCCAAACGACCGUCUCUGGAUGGCAGCUGCUUGGACAGCUCUAGAGACACAGAUAGUGGAACACCUUUUACGUCCCCAGGUUCUGCACUCAAGCCUUCCAAGCCAGACAGCCCUCCUCGCUUAGAAACAGAAAGGAACAGUGCAAAGCCUGGUUCUGUAAUUAUGGAGAAGCCACUGAGUGGUCCACCUGCUCAAGGACUAUCUAUUCCAGUCAUCGGUGCAAAAGUUGACUCUAUAGUAAAAGCUGUGUCGCCCCCAACUGUGUGCACCAUUCCUACUGUAGUAGGACGAAACGUCAUUCCCCGAAUCACCACAUCCCAUAACCCUGCUCAGGGGCAACCACACCUAAAUGGAAUGUCCAGUAUGGCAAAGAAUGGCACACCCAAGAGAUCGCACUCCCCAUCCAUCGAUGCGUCUUCUAAGAGGUUGAAAGAUAGAGAAAAGUUUAUUCAUCUUGAAUCAACAUUUAAGGACUCUCGUGCUGCUGAAGAGAGAAAGAGAAAAUCAAUGGAGUCCAUUGGAGGAGAAUCUAUGCCUAUUCCAAUUAUUGAUACAUUUCGCAAAAAGCGACUACCCAGUAAAGAACUGCCAGACUCCUCGUCUCCAAUUCCAGCAAAUAAUAUCCGAGUUAUCAAGAAUUCCAUUCGACUGACCCUCAAUCGGUAA